AUGCAAGCAUCACAUCUCGCUCGACGUGGCCUCUUACGAGCGCCCCUCAUCCGUUCACGCGUCCCGACGCUCGUCCCCGCGUUGACAAGAAAAGUCGCCUCUAUUCCGGCGGGUAACCACUUGCCAAAACCUCCAGUAGAGGUCUAUCCACUAUUCGCAAUCGUCUUGGUGCCUCUGUCAUUCGCAGCUUGGAUAUCCUACGAGAAGUUGGUCAAUGAUCCAGGGGUAAUUGUGUCUAAGCAACGAUACGAAUCUGGGUACAACAGCGAGUUUGGCGCUGAAACCCAGGGCAAUCUCAACACAUGA